CAUCGACAGCCGCCGUCCCGCUGAAGGCUCUGCCCUCAGGUUCAUCUCCUCCCUCCGUGUUUCUCUUCUCAAACCUUUCCCUUCUCUCGAAGAGAAACUUUCGAGAAACUCUUCUCCUGAUCUCCUCGCUCGAGAUCUUCCGUCCCUGGCGGCGACGACUGGGCGAGCGGCGGCCCAGCCCUUUGCCGGCGACGAGCGCAUCCUCCAGGCUGUUUGGGCACCCAGGUGGUGGGGAAUUGGUGACCAACUGUAGUCAUGUCCGUGGCCGCCGGUGUAAGUGAUGCGGCCAUCGCGGUGCGCGACAAGCUCCGCGGCAAGAUUGGCCAGACCAAGGUCAAGCGGUACUGGCCAGGAAAGGCACCUGAGUGGGCUGAUGAUGCCGAAGAGGACAUAGACCUCCGGACGGCAAGAGUCUCCCUUGAUAAGGCAUUCCCGAAGGAUGAGGAUGGUGACAUCCCUGCAAAGGAUGACCGCCGGCUCCGGCGUCUCGCACAAACCCGCGAGAACAAGGAGGAGUUGAGGGCAGAUCAUCGCCGCAUACGGCAGGCUGAGAUUGUGUCAACUGUUGAGGAGCAAAAUGAGAGGCAGGAAGCUGAUAUUGAUGAAGAGGACGAGGAGGCCCAGGAGGAGAGGAGGAGGAGGAUACGGGAGAGGCAGCUCUUAAGGGAGCAGGAGGAGCUACUUCCUCAGGAAGAUGAGGAACCAGUGGAGGAUGAGGAGUCAGAGGAAUCUGAGUAUGAGACGGACUCUGAGGAUGAGCAGAUGGGCAUGGCCAUGGUAAAACCUGUCUUCAUACCAAAGUCACAGAGAGACACCAUUGCGGAGCGUGAACGGUUGGAGGAGGAGGAGCGGCAGCUUGAGGAGCUGGUCAAGAAGAGGCUGGAGGCUAGGAAGAUUGAGACUAGGCAGAUUGUGGUUGAAGAGAUUAAAAAGGAGGAGCACAUUGAGAAGGCAUUGAAUGAAGAGGCCAACAUUGAGGAUGUUGACACAGAUGAUGAGUUGAAUGAAGCAGAGGAGUAUGAAUCAUGGAAGAAUAGAGAAAUAGCAAGAAUUAAGAGGGACAGGGAGGAAAGAGAUGCAAGGUUGAAGGAGAAGGAGGAGAUCGAGAAGGUCAGGAAUAUGACAGAGGAGGAGCGUAGAGAAUGGGAGCGGAAGAAUCCAAAGCCGCUUCGGCAGACCAAACAAAAGUGGAAGUUUAUGCAAAAGUAUUACCACAAAGGUGCCUUCUUCCAGGAAAGUGUUGAUGAUGUUAUCCAAUCAGCUGGUAAAGAGGAUAUCUACACCCGUGAUUUCUCUGAACCUACUGGGGAAGAUAAGAUGGAUAAGAGCAUCCUGCCCAAGGUCAUGCAAGUUAAACACUUUGGGCGCAGUGGCAGAACAAAAUGGACACAUCUUGUUAAUGAGGAUACUACAGAUUGGAAUGCACCAUGGGCUACAAAUGGGCCUCUCCGAGCAAAAUAUAAUGCAAAAAUGGCAGGCAUGAAUGCACCUAUUGCUAAACCAAAGGGGAGUAAGAAGCUGAAGGACUGGGAUGCAAAAUGAGAUGCUGGCUUGACCUGGUAGGCUGGUACUACUCUCAGCCUUACUGCCAUACAGGCACUACCUAGCCAAGAAGUGCAAACAAUGCUUAUAUUGAUACUUUUCUUUUUCAUUUUGACUGCAUAAAUCCUUUGAUAAUGUGCUCUCAUUUGUUAGAGUUGAAAUGUCCCAUAAUGAUCCACUAAUGGUCAUUAGGAUUGUACUUUCUUGUGACGUUUGCAUAUUUAUUGCCUUAUGCCUGUGGGAAUCUUCAAUUUCACCUUUCAUUAACCAUUUUCUUUGUUUGCUGAACCUUGGUUUUCUUAUUCCAACCAAACUAAGUAAUUGUUGUGACACUGUGGUCUACCAUAUGACAUUGAGGUGCCACCCCAUGUAAUCGUGCAUGAUUGCUGUGAUGUAUUAUUGAUUGUU